ACAUGUUCCCGCCCCCGCCUCGGCCACCGCCGCCGUCGCCGCCGCCACUGGGCUAUAAAACCCGCCGAGCCCGGAAAGGUGCGGAUGCUUAUUAUAGAUCUACGCGACAUCAGCGCCCGGGGCCCAGUUCUCUGUUGCAGCUUUUGGGAAAGAGCUCCUCUAAUUGCAUCCACAGCGUCGGUGGAAGCUCUGAGGCCCGAGAGAGGGAAGACCCUGCGAAAGCUGCCACUAUCCCUUGGGGCCAUGGACUCGGACGCCAGCUUGGUGUCUAGCCGCCCGUCGUCGCCAGAGCCUGAUGACCUUUUUCUGCCGGCCCGGAGCAAAGGCAGCGGGGGCAGCGGCUUCACGGGGGGCACUGUAUCCUCGUCCACGCCGAGCGAUUGCCCGCCAGAGCUGAGCGCCGAGCUUCGCGGCGCCAUGGGCGCAGCGGGCGCGCACCCGGGGGACAAGCUGGGCGGCGGCGGCUUCAAGUCAUCCUCGUCCAGCACUUCGUCGUCCACGUCGUCAGCUGCUGCGUCGUCCACCAAGAAGGACAAGAAGCAGAUGACUGAGCCCGAGCUGCAACAGCUACGCCUCAAGAUCAACAGCCGCGAGCGCAAGCGGAUGCACGACCUCAACAUCGCCAUGGACGGGCUGCGCGAGGUCAUGCCGUACGCUCACGGCCCAUCGGUGCGCAAGCUCUCCAAAAUCGCCACGCUGCUGCUGGCGCGCAACUACAUCCUCAUGCUCACCAAUUCGCUGGAGGAGAUGAAACGACUGGUGAGCGAGAUCUACGGCGGCCACCACGCCGGCUUCCACCCAUCCGCCUGCGGCGGCCUCGCGCACUCAGCCAGCGGGGGUAGUGGUGGCUUCCAGCACUGGGGCGGCAUGCCUUGCCCUUGCAGCAUGUGCCAGGUUCCACCGCCCCACCACCACGUGUCGGCCAUGGGCGCCGGCAGCCUGCCGCGCCUCACCUCCGACGCCAAGUGAGCUGGCUGGUGCGGCGCGUUCUGGCGAGCGGGGUUUGGGGGCCCGGAGGCUGCGGUGAAGCGAGGACUGGCCGGCGCUGGGGCCUGGGAGCUCAGUUCCGAGGGGGAGCGCAGCACUGUGGGCUGGGGGUGGGGGCAGUGGUGAGGACUCCAGCACCCAGGGACCGAAGCAGUGGAGCGCACUGAACAGUGGGGAGUGAGAGGGAAAUUUGCUCUGAGACCUAGUUCAACCCUCUCUGGCUUUAAACAGCGCUGCUCCGGUAGCCACCACUUUAUACGAAGGCACCUCUACGAGCAUCCCUUCCUCCAACUCCCCUCCCCUUGCCUCCCAAAAAGAAAUGAUUCUAAAAACUUUGGUUUCCCUGAGAACUUGGGCCCUGGCAGCACUUCGUUAUACGGAGGAGGAGGUGAUGGAGGGGGAGCUUUGGGGACUCCCUCUCCUUCCUCCUUUCUUGGCAGGUAGGAAACUCUUGGGAGCCCCUCUCCAGAAGCGGCCGUCUGGCCUUGACCGCAAAGGUGGUCCGUGGCCCAGGGCCAGGGCCUACGAGUUAGUUCGAAGCUGGUAUUUGGUACCAGAAGCACUUAUGGUCGUGUCCAAUCUCCAUAUCUGGAUAAACCCACAACUGUCUGAGAACUGUUGCCAUUCCUCCCUGUCGCUCCUAUUGGUUGGGGGGGGUGUUAAUAAAACUGUCAAUGUUUCAUUUUCAACAGCACAGUCAAGCUUUAUAGACAGUCAGAAUAGAACCACUUGUGGAUUGGAGUAAUCUAAAACUGUCGACUUUGGGUACGGGUGAUUUUUAGUUACUUUACAACAGAAUCUCCCUUCCUCUGCAUUCUUUCCGUCUCUUGAGCACAAAGUGAGUUGGUUUCUUACCUGAUUGGGGGCAGUCAUUUUGAUACCUGGGGUUUGACAGAACUCGAAGGAUUUUGCUGUGAAUAUAGUUUUGGUUAUUUGUCAGUUCAGUUGGCUCCUUAAUUUUUUCUUUCUUGGAUGUGUAAAUACAAUGUUGAUAAUGAGGUAAGUGCGUGCUGCUAAGCUGUUUGCUCACGUGACUGCCAGCCCCUCCGGAUUGUAAACCGCGUCUUCUAUAUAUUGGUUUCUUUCUGCCACAUUUAACAUAAAUGACAAACUCCUCCACGUGCUUCCUGCCUCCCCACAAACCGCCUGGGCGCUACCAGAGUUGCAAUAUGAGAUUCACAGCGUCUGCCACAUAACAUCCCUCCUCUGAUUGCUGCCCCUUGCAGAGAGUGUAUCAUCUGUUUUAUUUUUGUAAAAAGAAAAAAGUGCUAAAUAAUAUUUAUUACUUGUUUGGUUGC